UAUAAAUGUGAUAUUUGUAGCAAGUCAUAUACUUCUAGUUAUACUCUACGAGAACACACCAGGAUCCAUACUGGUGAGAAGCCAUAUAAAUGUGAUAUUUGUUUCAAGUCAUUUACUACUGGUAAAAGUCUACAUCUACACACAAGACGCCAUAAAGGAGAAAACCUUUUCUCGUGUAAUGUUUGUAGAAAGUCGUUCACAACUGGGUCUGCUCUACGUGUACACACGAGAAUCCACACAAGAGAGAAGCCCUUUUCUUGUGAUGUUUGUAGUAAAUCGUUUACAACUAGGCGUAAUCAACGUGAACACACUAGAACCCAUACUGACCAAAAACCCUUUUCUUGUGAUGUUUGUAGUAAAUCAUUUACGACUCUUAAAAUUUUAAAAAUAAAAAUGGCAAAUCAUUCCGUCUCGAACAAAAACUAUAAAUGUGAUGUUUGUGGUAGAUCAUUCACAAGCUGUUCCCAAUUAAAUAGACACAUUCUAGUUCAUACUGGUGUGAAGCCAUAUAAAUGUGAUAUUUGUAGCAAGUCUUUUGCUUCUAGUAGCUCUCUAGGGAAACACACCAGAACUCAUACCGGACAGAAACCCUAUUCUUGUGAUGUUUGUUUUAAAUCAUUUACAACAAGAAAUAUUCUAAGCUCACACACCAAAAUCCAUACUAGGAAAAGACCAUUGUCUUGUGAUAAAGUCGUUUACUACUAG